GCGAGGGGCGGCGGCGGGGCUGUCUGAGGGAAUGCGGGCGGCCAAGAUGGCUGCCGCUGCCGCCGCUGCCGCGCGUCACCUGCUGAGGAGCUGCAGCCAGCUGCGGGUGCCGCUGCGAUGGAGAGGCCAGGCCACGGCGGCGGCGGUGACGGAGAGCGCCCGGCUGCAGGAGCAGCCCCAGGAGCGGAAACCUAAGACAGGGAUCUUGAUGUUGAACAUGGGAGGCCCGGAGCGGCUGGACGACGUCCACGAUUUCCUGCUGCGUCUCUUCCUGGACAGGGAUCUGAUGACCCUUCCCGUUCAGAACAAGCUGGCCCCGCUGAUCGCCAGGCGCCGCACGCCCAAGAUCCAGGAGCAGUACAGCCGCAUCGGCGGCGGCUCCCCCAUCAAGAAGUGGACGGCGCUGCAGGGAGAGGGCAUGGUGAAGCUGCUGGACAGCAUGUCUCCUGGCACUGCCCCUCACAAGUACUACAUCGGGUUCCGCUACGUGCACCCGCUGACCGAGGAGGCCGUGGAGCAGAUGGAGAGGGACGGCAUCCAGAGGGCCAUCGCCUUCACCCAGUACCCCCAGUACAGCUGCUCCACCACAGGAAGCAGUUUAAAUGCCAUUUAUCGCUACUAUAACCAGAGAGGGGAGAAGCCCAAGAUGAAGUGGAGCAUAAUUGACCGAUGGCCCACACAUCCCCUUCUCAUUCAGUGCUUUGCCGAUCACAUCCAGAAGGAGCUGAACCUGUUCCCACCAGACAAAAGGAAAGAGGUGGUCAUCCUCUUCUCAGCCCACUCGCUGCCCAUGUCUGUGGUGAACCGUGGUGAUCCCUACCCUCAGGAAGUGGGAGCUACUGUCCAGAGGGUCAUGGAGAAGCUCAACUACUCCAACCCUUACAGGCUGGUGUGGCAGUCCAAGGUUGGACCAAUGCCCUGGCUUGGUCCCCAGACAGACGAGACCAUUAAGGGCCUGUGCCAGAGAGGAAAGAAGAACAUGCUGCUGGUCCCAAUAGCAUUUACCAGUGACCACAUUGAGACUCUGUAUGAGCUGGACAUCGAGUAUGCCCAGGUUUUGGCCAACGAGUGUGGAGUUGAAAACAUCAGAAGAGCGGAGUCUCUCAAUGGAAAUCCACUGUUCUCCAAGGCCCUGGCAGACCUGGUGUGCUCCCACCUGCAGUCCAACGAGGUGUGCUCCCGGCAGCUGACGCUGUGCUGCCCGCUGUGCGUCAACCCCGUGUGCCGGGAGACCAAGGCGUUCUUCAGCAGCCAGCCCCUGUGAGCAGCCAGCGGCCCUCGGGACAGCCCAGGGCUGCUGCGGCCCUGCAGCACGCACAGCCUGGCUGGGGGCAUCCUUCUGGAGUUUCCUUUGGUUGAGGAGAGUUGUGGGAAGUAGGGAGAUCAGGGCAUUUAUCCUGUCAGGUGUGAGGAGAUCUCCUGUCAUCCGACCCCGAUGGGACUUAUUGUGAGCCCAGUAGGACACACUGAAAAUCCUACACAGCUUUUUUACAGUUAGCUUCUAUUGCUAUGCAGGGAUUUAUUGUGUGCAGGGCGGUCAGGAGCUCAUUAACUUGGCCAGGUUGAAGGUGCACUGAUUUUGGUUUUGCUUGAGGUGCAGUGUGACCAGCACAGUCUGUUGUCUGUUCUGAGAGGGACUUUGCAGCUGGCUUUGAGACUUUGGAGAUCAGGUUACUUCUAGUGCUUUUUAAUAAGGUGUGUAUGUGUAUAUAUUUUUUUUUUAAUUUUUUUUUUUUUAGAGCAUAAAGAUAAGGCUUUGUUUUGUUUUGGUUUUCUCCUGCCGGAAACUUCCUGUGAAAGCUUAGCUGGGAUAGUAGAACACAGAAAACUUGUUUACAUUUUCUAGGAAAAACAUUUUCAUUAUCUGCAGAAAAGUAUUUGAAGAGGAUAAAUUAAAAGGAAUUAGCCUGCUUGGGUGAUACUGGAGAAUUUGCUCCAUUGAAACUGCGUGUUUCAAGUCUAGCAGGAGCAUGUGUGGAAACAUGUUGGCUUAUCUGUUAAGCAGAAUGGGGUUUAAAAUUCUUUUUAUUUUUAUUUAAAAAGGGCUUUUUUCUGUUUGGUGAAGUAAAUGUAGGAAGUCAGGCUUGUUCUCCAGGAGGUGUAUAGAUCCACUCUGUGCUUUCUACUGUGCCACAGUACCGUGGUUUUGUGGGGUACCUAUGGAGUGCCGUAGGUAGGAUUGAUCUGGCUGGAUUGCUGUUGUGCAGACAGAGACGAUGGGUCAGGAGUGGUUUGACUUUCACGCUGCAGAUGCCUGAGCACAGAGGCUGCCAGCCCCCAGCAGGGCCGUGCUGGCAGGGCCCUGGCACCGGGCGUGCCCCCCGGGCACAGGGUCCCCUCCUGCCUGCCUGCCUGCCUGCCUGCGGGGCAGGAGCAAAGCUGUGACCAUGGCACUGAGCCCUUCGUGGGGCAGCCUGCUGGCACCUCCUUGGGCACCCGUUUACUUGAUGUCCUUAGCACUGAAAUGCCAGGACCUGGGCACUGCAGGCUGGUUCCUGGAACUGCUGGUGGCUGGGAAGCAGGUGCUGUGCUGCUCAGCCCGGCUGCUCUGCUCAGCAGUUUGCACCUCAGGUCCUUUGGGCACAGGGUGUUUAAAGAGAGAAGAGGCCUCCUGCGGUGUAUCAGGGGUCUGUCCCGUUCUGGUUUGUUGUUGGAAUCAAGGAUGGGGUACCAAAGGAAUGGAUGGAUCCCGUGUUGAGCACCCAUGGAGUGCUGUAAAUCCCAAAUACCUCUGGAGAGCUGCUUGCUCCACUGCCAUACCUGCUUCCCAGGGUGAGACAGACUGAGAUUCCUCCAAUGCCAGAACCUCCUGCAGCACCCUGUUCCCACAGAAAGUCUUCCUUGACCCCUCAUGCCUGUGCCUGUUUCAGUGGCAGGGAGCCAGGAGCUUCUCUUCUCCCUCCUCUCCCUCCCCCUGGGCUCUGCUCACUGCCUGGGCAGGGAAAAGGAGCACAAAUGUCCAGGAUGUCUGGGAACACUGGCCUUACACCUCUCCUUGUUAAAGAACUUCCUCUGUUUCACUCCUCUGUGUGACUUUGGGAUCAGUGCAAAGCAGUCUGGUCUGUCAAAUCUUCCUGCCCACUCCUGUUUCCUCACAGCUGGGGGGGAAUGUGGACCUUCAGGUGGUCCAGGCUGUGACUACCACAUUUACAAGUGUGGAAAGCAGAGGUUAACAUCAUAUGAACCUUGUGGUAUUAUAAAUACAGCUGGCUUUUCAUUUUCAUACUGGAGAGAGUCCUGUCAAUACUAGCUGGCACUGAUUCUGAGGCAUUACAUUUGUCCCCUGUAAUAAAAGGUACUUAAAAUUCACUUUUGAGUGUUCUAACCACAAGCGGGAUAAUUACUCUGUUGCUGCUAUUACAGCAUCAUGUGGAAAUCACUUAAUUUUCCAGCUUUUAGCAGAUGGAGCCAGUCUCACAGAGCUGGUGGUGCUGUUUGCUGUCAGAGGGUGGUUUUCUCAAGGUUUCUGAGGGGUUCCUCAUCUCCCAGGCUGAUGGCCAGCGGGUUGGGUGAGUGUGUGCCCUGAGGAGAGAUGGAUCCAUGGUGCAGGUGUCUUCCUGAUCCCUGUCAGUGCUGUGUCCCUCUGAGUCUGCAGCUCACCCAGCACUGUGGAGCUCUGGCCUCAGGAUGUCAACUGGAAAUUGUAGUUAGGAACAGCCCAUGGUGUCCUGAGGGAAGAAAUGGGAGGGAAAGGGGUGAGCUUGUUUUCCUGCUUUAACACUCUGCCGUUUGGCUUAUUUUUUCAUUGUUGAGUGAAUUUUUCUUUUUGAGUCUGUUUUUAACCUGUCCCUGGGUCCUCGCUGCAUUUCAGAGAAGGUGCUGUGCACCAGAGGGUGUGGGUGGUGUCCGAGCUGGCUCCUGCUGUCCCCUGGGAGGAGGAUGGCACAGCUGAGCUCAGUGGGGCCGGGCUUUCCCUGGGGGUACCUGGAAGCUCAGUGAGUUCUCCCUUCCCACCACCAUCACCUUGGAGUGCAAGCUGCAGGCCAGAGCAGCUCCUUUGGUUCUGUUAAUGCCACAUGUGUACAGAUCCUUGCUUUUGGCCCAACAUAUGCAUUUCACAUUGACCAAGGACUUCCAUUUGAUGUAACACAGCAAAUUUGGAUACUCCUUCUGUGUGUCGUUUGCCAUAAGGAUGGAAUUCCAAUUAAAGUUCUUUUAAGGAAAUAA